AACUUAAAUUUAAGCAAAUAAAACGGGCUAAUUGCAUGGUUGGUCAUUGAGAUUACAAAUAACGUUCAUGUUUGGUCACCGGAAAUAUUUAAAUCCAAUCUUGGUCCAAUGUUUGGUCACUCAAAUUAGUUAAAUAGUUCAAGUUUAGUCACUCCCCGUCCAACUCCGUUAAUUUUUGCUUAUGUGGCAGUCAACUUUUAUAGUUGACCGUUAAAUGUGUGACAUGGCAAGUAAAAAAUAAUAAAAUAAAUAAAGUUUAAUUUUUCAGAAUUUUUAUCUCAUUUCCAACUUUUUAAAGGGCGGUGCCACAAUGAUGUUCGAGUGCAUCAACGACGCCAAGUGGCUGCCGGACGGGUGUAGAGGGCUUUUGCCGAGCUUCGGUGCGAAAAUCAUCGACGCGGAAACAGGCUAGGCUCUGCCUCCGUACGUAAGAUGGGAACUGUGGGUAAAGAGUCUGGCGGUGAUGAAAGGGUACCUGAAGAACGAGGAGGCUACAUCGGCGACGAUUGAUUCCAAUGGGUGGCUCCGAAUAUGGGAUUUUUGUUACUUCGACGGUGAUCGGGUUCUCUUCGUUAUUGACAGGAUCUGCCUCAAAGCCUAAGUUCAAGAUCCAAAUCCUUGAUCCCCCAUCCUAGUCAACGACGUCCCCAUGUUCCCUGGUGGUGGUGGUGGAAGACGAGGGUGGCGGCGUGUAUCUUUGGUUUUGCUGGGUAGAAUGUCUCAGGCCGCGGCGAGGAGAAGAGGGAAUGAGAGGCGGCGGUGGGAAAAUUUUGAGGACGGCUAGGGUUUGUUAUAAAAAUUAAAUUUUUUUAUUUUCAGAUAGUUGGAAAUGAGUUGGAAAUUGUAAAAGAAAAAAAUUAAUUUAAUUUAUUAUUUUUAAUCACCACGUCAGUCAGUUACGAUCAACUUUGAAAGUUGACUGCCACAUCAGACAAAAUUAACGGAGUUGGACGGAGAGUGACCAAAUUUGAAACGUUUCACUAAUCUUAGUGACCAGGAAUGAAAUUAAAUAUUUUUAGUGACCAAAUUUGAACGUUUUUAGUAAUUCCAGUGACCAACCUUGCAAUUAACCUUUUUUCUUUUUGCAAAUAAAACUAGAAAAACUCUAAAAAAUUUAGAUAAAAUGACGAAGCGGUCACCUAUGUCAAUCCACAGUACUCAAUUCCAGAUAACGUGUCCGUUUUUCAUUAGUGAGUAAGCUCCUUCGCACACGCAGUCACCACAGCUCCAAUCCCACGGUUUCUUAUUUUUCGCUCAGGUCCGGUCCAUCCUCUCCAUUCUACAUUCUCUUCGAUCCGCACCUGUAAAGCGCAAAGAUUCCGGUAGCGCUUGAAUUGAAUCGACGAUGACGGAGGCCUUCAUCAGGAAGAAGCCCGGCAUGGCCAGCGUGAAGGACAUGCCGCUGCUUCAGGACGGUCCUCCUCCCGGCGGAUUUGCCCCCGUGAGGUAUACUCGGAGGAUCCCGACGAAAGGUCCCAGCGCCGUCGCUAUCUUCCUCACCGCUCUGGGCGCUUUCUCCUACGGCCUCUACGAGGUUGGGAAGGGUAACAAGAUCCGCAGGGCACUCAAAGAUGAGAAAUACACCGCUCGGAUGGCCAUUCUUCCUCUCCUGCAAGCAGAAGAAGAUGAAAGAUUUUCCAAGGAAUGGAGGAAGUAUCUAGACUAUGAGGCUGAAGUAAUGAAAGAUGUGCCUGGUUGGAAAGUUGGUGAAAGUGUCUACAACUCUGGAAGAUGGAUGCCACCUGCUAGCGGUGAACUCCGCCCAGAUGUUUGGUGAUACUUCCUCUCAAAUCCUCUUCUGGUUCAACCCCGUUUGUCCUGCAGAGUUGUGUCUCUAAUGAUGCUAGUUGCUUUUGUCGCUUGAUCUUUGUUCCUUUCUUGUGAAAUAAAGUUCCUAGAAGAGGAAACUUUCUGACGAUGAUGAAAAUACAACCAAUGUGAUAGUUGUUCUGCCUACAUGAUUUCCUCCAAAACAUUCACAAUGGGAAUGGAUCUUCAAGUUUUGGGGAGUCUGAGUUGAGCCGAUGCUGCUGCGUUAGGAGGGGCAGCACGUCCAUUUUCACAUUGCUGUUAUAAUGUUAUUACUUCAGUUACCUUCUUGCUUCAUCCAUAAGUUGAACGGUUCAUUUGAUGUUUGGCUUCUUCCUAGUACAAUUUCAGUGGUUAGUUCACUAGUACUAUUCUAUUCGUAUCAUUGUGUCUUCCUCCAGCUAGUGUUUAUUGAAGAUCCGAAUCCGGUUGGCUCUUCAUGGUUUUGUACCCUAUCCAACUGGUUUCCAUAGGAGAUUAUGCCCGGCUCUUGGAUCGUUGUCCGUACGUAUGAACUAUUAAGGCCAGAAUUCAACGGCGGCUGGCUGGAGCGAUGAGGAUGUUAUUGUUUAGUCCACUCCCCCCAACAUUUUUGGAAGAGUUCAUAUUUCUAAUCAUAUACUUUGGUUACAAAUUGAACGGAGAAGAAUUGUGUAACAAGAAAUAACUUGAUAAGAAUAUUUUUGCAAUAAUUAAUCUGGAGAAUUGUAUAACAACAAACAAGUAUCAGUGGAAGAUUAUAUGCAACCUAUGGAGCAUAUUAGUAGGGAGCUACGGAGCAGUACGCCAAGAUGAGCCGAAUGGAUGAGCCACAACACGAAACAUCUACCUCAUCCUCGCCUCUCAGGUCAAAAGACGAGAGCCAGUCGAGCCAAAAACAAGCGAUGAACUGAUUGUAAAAUGAUGGUUGCUUCUGAGUUGAUGACAGAUCAUUUGAUUGGCCUGCAGCCACCACUCUUUGGCAUAAGCUGUGCUGGUGCUUUGAACCAGGAAACUAAAGAGGCAAACUUGGA